AGAAGUGUCUAAAUGCUGUGGAGAACCAGCUGACUUUCUGCCAGCAUCGUUUAGCGCCUCUAAUGGCCAAAAAUACUCCGCGCGACUAAACGUUACCGAGUUAUGCUCUCGAGGUAGUCAGUUCUGAGACAGCCUAUGAUACUUGAAGAGCAACUGUUAAAGCUGUAGUUUCAUGUGUAUUGAGAAUGGAAUAUACACCAUACUCUUUCGUUAGUUGGUAGGCUGCGUGAGUAAAAGUAGCUGACUGUUAGAGGAGGCUACAAUGCGCAAGUGCUCGGCUGCAUUUUACAUUACUCUAGGUUUGGUAUCUCUCUGGACAACUGAAGCGUCAACAGGAUCCUGUAACUGUGGACGUGACACUUUUAACUUAUUGAAAAAUAAAUGUAACAACACAGAAGGAGUCUAUGAUUUGACAUGCUAUGUAAAAUAUAAGAAAUCUCUUGUGUCCGUCUGUGAAUGGAAAGGAGACAUAUCAAUCUCAUACAUGCUGUACACACAACAGAGGAGAUGUAAUUGUGUAAAUGUACAUCAGAAGAAUGGAACUUGGACUUCUGAUGACUUUCCUGUUUUCUCAAAAUGGAAUGUGACAGCUCACGUUAUUGCAAGCAGUGGAUAUCCACACUGGUGCACCUACAAAAAUUUCAGCGAAAUUCCAUCCAAGAUUACAAUGUGUGGUCCUCAUUCAAAACUAACUUACAGAAGAAGCUCAGGCCAUCUGACUGUGCAGGUGGAGUGGGGAGAUGAAAGCAGAUAUAUUAAAAACUUCUUUGUAGAGUACAAAGAGUUCAACACUACAAUCUGGAAAGAGCAACAGUCUAAAAACAAAAAAGAAUGUGUUUUGUGGAAUCUGAUAUCAUCUCUGCCUUACGAGUUGAGAAUACGUUGCAAUCCCACCCAAGAGUGUGUCCAGUGUCCUCGUAGUGAAAUCAUCGUGGUUCCAUUGGAAAUCACAGAUGCACCAUCGAUCCAGCUGGAGAUUCAAGACCAUAUACAAAAUCAUUUUAUAUCACCAGGACAGAGAAAAGCAGUUAUGAAGUGGGAGUAUGCAAACAGUGAGGCUGUGGCUUACUACAAUGUGACAGUGAGGAAAGUAUCCGGGGAACUUAGCAAUCAGGACAGUUUCAGAACUGAAGAUUCAUCUCUCACCAUGAUCCUGUCUUACUCCGCAUACAACAUCACUAUCAGAGCUUUAAACACUGCUGGACCGUCUCCUGUUUCCUGUCUCCUGUUAAACGCUACACAUGCAGACUACUCUGGUUAG